GGUUUUUGCUCUCUCUCUCUCUCUCUACCUUAUAAUUAGAGAGAAGAAUGAAAUAAGGCUGUGUUAGCGCCACGCCACCACAUCGGCCGCUCCCCGCCCCUUUUUCACCGCCCGACGGCGGCGGAUUUCUCAAACUCCCAGAAAAAAGACACAAUCUAGAGAGAGAGAAAAAAAUAGACACGAAAAUGGACCAUUACAAAAUAUUGGGGGUUGAUAAGAACGCGAGCAAAGAAGAAAUAAAGCAAGCUUUCAGGAAAUUGGCGAUGGAAUUCCACCCGGACAAGCACUCCCAAUCCUCCGAUCGUUUGAGAGAUUCCGCCACCCACAAAUUCAAGCAGCUCUCCGAGGCCUACGAGACUCUAAUCGACGAUCGCAAGCGCGGCGACUACAAUCUCACCAGAAAUUCCCAUCGGAGCAAACGGUACGAUUACCGUCACGGCGGCGGCGGCGGCGGCGGCGGAGGAAGUGGCCGUGCUUAUACUUACAGCAAUCCUUAUGGUUACGGUUAUACUGGUUCUGCCGGAAGAAGAAGAAGCGGCGACGGUAUUCUCACCAAAAUCGAGAUCGGCCUUCGCUAUCUCACCACCAGGAGUUUUCUUCUCAAUGCCACAUUUGUCGGUGUUUUGUUAGGUGGGAUGUAUACCAUUGAUGCCAGUGGCAAGGCACUAUGGAAAAUGCAUAAUCCCGGGAAAUCUUUUGAAGACGCUAUGGAGUCUGUAGAAAAAGCUAAAGACCGCAAAGACAACUCUAUUUGAGCUCCGUUGUAGGUUUUUUUUGCUGUUAUUCGACUUUGCUGAAUUUAACUAAACCAUAAUUUGAGGUCAAAAGAUUGUAUAGGUUCAACGGUUCAUUAACCGUAUCGUAUAUUACAUGUUCGAUUUAUAGGGAAGAUAUAACAACGAUUCUGCAAAGCAUGAUGCAAAUAAUACAUAAUACAAUAAUGUGGGAUGUGUUUGAUUGUGUUUGUUUCCGUAAGGCCAAUAAAUGCUUGGGGUAAAGCUUGUACAGUUUGCGUUGAAUAGUAUAUUCAUUGGUCUUCGUCAAUUUUCGUGUAAAUUGUCAAGUGUAGCAUCAAAUGUGUUUUCGCAAUAACUAGUGAUGUUAUUCAUGAAUGUACGUGUUAAAACUGAGACGGAAUUUUCAAUAUUUGUCGAUUUACAGUUUC